AUGGCGAGAAACUAUAGAGACCCAACACUCUCAGGACAAGAACGUGGUGGUGGUGUCUUCAUUGCCAUUAAACGCCACAUUCAUGCUGAUUUAAUACCCAUUGAUGAUUGCAACCUGGAACUCGUCUUCGUUAAAAUUAAAGAUACUGUAUCUGAUAUAAUCGUUGGCUGUGUUUACAUGCCUCCUCUUACGUCAUACGAAGAAUACCAUAGUCUACUCACAACUCUUACACACGUUAAUGAAAAGUUCAUAAAUGCCAAAUUACUACUUGUAGGUGAUUUUAACUUGCCAAGUAGCGUCCCUCGAGCUGACUGUGAUAAAUCUGUUCAUGAUGGUCUCGCUCUACUGGAAUGUACUCAAAUAAAUAGCCUAUGCAACGACAAUAAUAAUCUACUGGAUCUCUGUUUUAACAACGUUGAAGCCAGCAUUGAUAAAGCUCUACCAUUCGUUCCAGAGGAUAAAUAUCAUCCUGUUUUUACUGUGUACCUUGAAUUUCAACCUAACCUAACACCUCUUAGCCCAGCUACUUACUCUUUCAAGAAAGCUGACUAUCAUAACCUCAACACUUUCUAUCAUCAAGUCAACUGGAUUGAACUAUAUGAAACUGACACCGUAGAAAACAAAGUCAAAUGGUUUUAUAGCAAGCUUGAAGAAGGCAUUUCUCGGUAUGUGCCUGUUCACAGAAAGUUUUUUACACACUCUCAAUACAAAAAAAUGAAAAAUCAACAGAACUACACCCGUUUCAGUAUACUGAGACGGGAUUGUAAAAUAUUGUGCCGAAUGCUACAGAAAUUAUGUUGA